GAGGAGUGUGGAAAGUGCGAGCGCGGAAGCGCCGGCCGCGAGGGGCGGGGCGUGCGCGGGACAAAGGGAAGCGAGGCUGGAGCUGCGGGCACCUCUUCUGCCCGCGGUGUCUCAGAUUCAUUCUUAAGGAACUGAGAACUUAAUCUUCCAAAAUGUCAAAAAGACCAUCUUAUGCCCCACCUCCCACCCCAGCUCCUGCAACACAAAUGCCCAGCACACCAGGGUUUGUGGGAUACAAUCCAUACAGUCAUCUCGCCUACAACAACUACAGGCUGGGAGGGAACCCGGGCACCAACAGCCGGGUCACGGCAUCCUCUGGUAUUACGAUUCCAAAACCCCCAAAGCCACCAGAUAAGCCGCUGAUGCCCUACAUGAGGUACAGCAGAAAGGUCUGGGACCAAGUAAAGGCUUCCAACCCUGACCUAAAAUUGUGGGAGAUUGGCAAGAUUAUUGGUGGCAUGUGGCGAGAUCUCACUGAUGAAGAAAAACAAGAAUAUUUAAACGAAUACGAAGCAGAAAAGAUAGAGUACAAUGAAUCUAUGAAGGCCUAUCAUAAUUCCCCAGCUUACCUUGCUUACAUAAAUGCAAAAAGUCGUGCGGAAGCUGCUUUAGAGGAAGAAAGUCGACAGAGACAGUCUCGCAUGGAGAAAGGAGAACCUUACAUGAGCAUUCAGCCUGCUGAAGAUCCAGAUGAUUAUGAUGAUGGCUUUUCAAUGAAGCAUACAGCCACUGCCCGUUUCCAGAGAAAUCACCGCCUCAUCAGUGAAAUCCUUAGUGAGAGUGUGGUGCCAGACGUUCGGUCAGUCGUCACAACAGCUAGAAUGCAGGUCCUCAAACGGCAGGUGCAGUCCUUGAUGGUUCAUCAGCGAAAACUGGAAGCUGAACUUCUUCAAAUUGAGGAGCGACACCAGGAAAAGAAGAGGAAAUUCCUGGAAAGCACGGAUUCAUUUAACAAUGAACUUAAAAGGUUGUGCGGUUUGAAAGUAGAAGUGGAUAUGGAAAAAAUCGCAGCUGAAAUUGCCCAGGCAGAAGAACAGGCUCGCAGGAGGCAGGAGGAACGGGAGAAGGAGGCAGCAGAGCAGGCAGAACGCGGCCAGAGCAGCGCGGCUCCUGAGGAAGAGCCAGCGGCCGGGAAGACUGAAGAGAAGAAGGACGACGAGAACAUUCCGAUGGAGACAGAGGAGACACCCCUUGAAGAAACGACAGAAAGCCAACAGAAUGGUGAAGAAGGCACGUCUACUCCUGAGGACAAGGAGAGUGGGCAGGAGGGGGUGGACAGUAUGGCAGAGGAAGGGACCAGUGAUAGUAACACUGGCUCGGAGAGCAACAGUGCAACAGUGGAGGAGCCACCAACAGACCCCAUACCAGAAGAUGAGAAAAAAGAAUAAACGUUGCCUUGUUUUAUGUGUUCUAAAUACUUUUUUAAAUGAAAAAAAUGUUUUUUGAGUUUUAA